UGAUGAUUGCAAUAUAUUCCAUAAGAUUCUCCUAAAUUCUUAGAGGAGAACGGAACAUAUCCAUGCAAACAAUUGCCCAAAUUAUCGAUAAAAUGUGAAUCAUCGUCAAUUUUCCAAUGAAAUUUAACAUUGAAAAUUUUAAUAAUACAAUGAAUUCCCAUAUAACGCGAAGAAAGUACCACUGGUAUUCGUACAAAAUUCUAAUUUUGUUUUCCACAGGUACAAGUUAAGCCUAGGUUUAAACUUCAUUUCAUUCAAUAAUAGUUAAUAAUAAUACUCGUAACUCGUUAACAAUAGUCCGUUUAUUACUGCAUAAUUAUCGUUAACGCCGGCCAUAACCAGCACGUUUACUUCCUACAAUGGGAUUGAAAUCGUGGUGGAUCCAGUUAAAAACUAUUAUAAGAGAGAAAACCGAAACCAAUAUAAAAUUAUGGCUAAUCGCUAUGUCAGCGAUUUCUCAUAAGACUUUCAUACCAAAUCAUUGGCUCGGCUUCAAACGAGAUGGUCGAAGAUCUUCGUUGGAGGACGAAAAAAGUGAAAGGAAAAAUUCUAUUGUGGAUAAAACGAAAAAAUUGCUAGGUUUAAAAAAUAUUCGGACCGCAAAGAAUGUCGAAGAAGCUAGCGGCGACCAUUUUAAAUCUUUUAUGGAAAAAUACGGCAACGAGGACACACGCGAUGACCACGAUGAAGAUUUGGAAGAAUUUCGGUUUCAAAUGUUGCUGGGCACCCGCAGAUUCAAUUUGGAUUCAUUGACAGAUAGGAAUGAACUUGCUGCUCCAGAAGCACGUUCGUCUCGUGAAAUACUCGUCAGAUCAAAAAGGACCACUCCUAAGUUUUUGGCUUGGAAAAAAUAACGAUCGGGAUAUCCGAUAAAUGAUUAAAUUAUAAAUUCGUUUAUGAAAUUUUACUAUAAAUAAAAUUAAAAUCUAUUAAUGUACAUAAUAU